GUUCACUUGCUCCAUAUUGCGAGCCUCUUGGCCAAGAUGGGCGACCCGAGGUUUACUUGCAACACUUGUUCAGCCUCAUUUGGGCGGUCUGCGCAUCUGAAAAGACAUCAACUUUCCCGUAGCGGCCAUGAAUUACAUCAAUGCACUUAUUGCUUAUGGAAGUUCACUCGCAGAGACUCCCUGCGUAAGCACUGGAAAACUUGUCUCUUGAGAAAGGCUGCUGGUCAUUCUGUUCCUAAUCCGGCGACACGAGGAAGGAAACGGAGAGCCUGUGAUCAAUGUGCAAGCAGUAAGCGAGCAUGCGACUUUAAUUCACCUUGUGGGACUUGCUCAGUGAGAGGCUCCUCGUGCUCUUACUGUCGCAUGAGC